AUGUCUCCAGCAAAGUUUCUCCCGGAAGACUACGCUUUCUUCAUUCUCUCUCAGAGGAUACAUGAGUAUCACGGUCUUGCCAGAUCGCUGGCAAGGGUCAUCUGCAAUGGCAAGCGAUCAACGUGGACCACGGAUGCUCCCGACGGCACCGAUCCCGAGGAUUUCGCCCGCGCAAUCGCCACCCUCAUCGCAACGAGACUGUCCGAGCUUCAUGUCCCCGUGCAUCGGAUUUUCGAAGAAGGGGACGACAUCUUGGGCGAAGAAUUCAGGGAGGAGCUAGGCACACACGUCGGGUGCGUCAUCGUCGUAUCUCUCAACAUGCGCGACUUGGCUAUAAAACGCCAAUUGGGUCGACGCCGUCAGGAUGCAUUGGCGGAUUUGGUGCAGGCCCGAGAUCACACAGUAUUUCUGAUGCUGUGUGAGAGGGAGCUACAUAUCGAGGUUUGCGGUGAGAGUAAUGGGCGUGACAUCAUUACUCAGAUGCUUGUACAAAAGGAAUGGUAA